UUUGAAUUAGGAUGCCAAGAUUUCUUAUUCAUAGUGAAGAAGAAUUUGGGUUGUUAUUUUUAUACAAAUAAGUUUCAGAAUCUUUUUAUAAAAGAGCCUGAACUGCUUGUAUUUAAUUGUCACAGCAAUGUUUUUUCUUUUACAGGAGCUAGGCUUAAAGCAAAAGCAUUGGAAAUAGAGCACUAUGCAAAAUUAGAGGCACAAUAUAUGGCAAAGAAAGGUGAACUGAAUUUUGUGAGGAAUCAGAUACGAUUGGAGUUACAAAAGGAGAAAGCUUUGUCAAAUAUUGAAGUAAAAAGAUUCUCUGAUAUGGUAAAGGCCAUUGGAGCAGACACCCUGGCUGCCAUAGCAACAGCAGGACCAGAUACACAGGUAUGUCUAAACUGAAGUAUUCUCAUCUAUUUCA